ACAAUUUAAAUCUCCUAAUGACUAAGUACUUAAUUGACCUUUUAAGUUAUGACACCACUAACUGAGCUUUGUAGUGAAAGAGCUCUUAAGUUCGACUUCCCGAUUAAAAAAAUAUAGAUUCUCAAGAAGAACCUUUGAUUACACCCAAAGGAGUUCCAUUCAACCAAUAUCACUAGGUAAUACUAAUGAUGUAUAACCUUCUUUACAAAUAUUUCAACAUAUCAUGUGAUUUUCAGAAGGCCCACAAAGACGCGAAGCUACAGGAUCCUUCUUCCACCUCUCCUCAGGGAGAGACUUAUCUAUAACCGGAAUGUCACUGCACCGGUAUCUGAAACUUAAUCCAUGACUGUCAUACGAAAAAGUUAAAACACAUUAGAGUGCUUGAUAUGUGCUGUACAAUCCUACGCGUUUAAUGCAUCAUCAAAACUUUUCUUGUUUGAGUUUCUAUUUAUCUCAGCAAACCAUCAUCAACACCAAAUCUUAUUAGCUUAUAGCUCAUUGACUGUACAAGACAUUUGAUUCUUAAAUACAUUAAUUGGACACGUCAAAUGAAUAAAUGAUAAUAAUCCAAAAAUGUACCAACUCCUAAUUACUGCAAUCCUUAAUUUGUCAUAGUUCUCCUUUCUUACCACAGUUUCAAGAGUUUGGGCUCUGCAAUUAAUUGCCUUAUCUUUCCUUAAUCUUCCUUUUUUAGCAGAGUUUCAUCAUCCUCAAGUAAGCAACAUAUGCUGAUUCGACGAUGCAACUCAAUCAACUCAAAUGACGAAAUUUAAGAGCUGUCAUACAAGUCAUCUCUCAACACAUUGAGAAGAUACGCGACUGUCGCUUUCCCGCUUAAGGUGGCAUGGCGAUCAUAGCCCACAGCAAACGAAAGAGGGUAUUUUGGUCAGUCUAAGAUUUAAUGUAGAGAAACAGCUUGGUCCGGUGGUGGGUGGUACAGUGGUACUUGGAGGAGCUAUAUAUAUAUAUAUAUGCAGGCUUCCAUGUGUAUAGCUUCAGUGUGCUCUAACUGCUAAUAAGCAUUCAGUAAUGGCUUCUCCUAAGCUCUUCUCCCUUCUCAUUCUAACUUCUUUGCUCAUCAUUUGCGUGUCUUGUUCUUCUUUUGAAGAUCAAGGCAGCAAAGUCCCACCUUCGCCAAAAUCCCGAAAACUUACAGAAGCUCCUAGUGCUAUUCCUACGCCUCCUACCAAAGCUAAGAAAGUUGACCUGACUCUGUAUUACGAAACACUAUGCCCAUUCUGUGCACAGUUCAUCGUAAAUGGACUAUCAAAGGUAUUCAACACAGAUCUCAUCAACAUUGUGAACUUCAGGCUAGUCCCAUAUGGAAAUGCUCAUAUACAAGGACCUAACAGCACCAUCGUUUGCCAGCACGGCCCGGAUGAGUGCUACUUGAACAGCAUAGAAGCCUGUGCUAUCAACAGCUACCCAGAUGUGACACAGCAUUUCAAAUUCAUUCAUUGCAUUGAGAACCAAACUAUUCAAGGAAAGCAGUCGAAAGAUGAAUGGAAAUCUUGUUCUCAAGAACUAGGGAUGGAUCCAAAACCUGUCCAAGAUUGCUACGACAGCGGGUUAGAGAAAAAGCUUAUACUACAAUAUGCAAACGAGACAGCGCAUCUUGAUCCGGUUCACAACUAUGUGCCAUGGGUUCUUGUCAAUAAUGGACCACUCUAUGAAUCCUACCAAAACUUUGUACCCAUUGUCUGUGCGGCUUACGAAGGAAGUCCAAAACCAGAGGCUUGCAAACCACUUCCGCCCAAUAUCAACUCAACUGAUAAGGAAAACUCUACUAGACAAAGGUGCUACAUGGGUGAAGAACACCAGGAACAGCUAAAACUUCGUAGAUGAAGGCGGAAACUUCAGUGUGAUUCACAUACAUGGUUCUGCAAUAUCUUUUGCUCUGUGCAGCAUUAUCAUUAUGAAUAAUUG